AAGGUGGGACACUCCAAGAUGGACGUCUCCAGGGACGGCCAGGUGGGACACUCCAAGAUGGACGUCUCCAGGGACGGCAAGGCUGAUGUCAAAGCCACUGCGCGAAGUGCAGAAGAUCACGAGAUUUUCUGCUUGCGGAAUGAGGUCCACUUGCUGCGGCGUGAAGUGGCAUGGCUUCAGCAGGAAGAUGGAGCUCCGCAAGGGUUGAGUACUGCAGCAAGGCCAGAACCAAUGCGUUUUGGAAUGCACGCGCCCCGAUUGGUACGAGACAAGGAUGUGACCGGAGACAAAGCCACCGAGAAAGUUGAAGAGAAAGUUCCCCCGACGAAGGAGGAAAUCGUGGUGGCACUGAAGAAUGAGCGUGAGUGUCUUAAGCAGGAAGCCCAACAGUUGCGACAAAGCCGAGCGCCAGGAGCAUCAUCGCCAAGCAAAAAAGGUGGAGAUCAGCUUGUGGAUCCGAAAAAACCCGAUGGAUCAAGAGCUGCACCCACAGAAGAGUCCGAGAAUACAGCCGACAAAGCGACGCCCAGCAAGCAGGAAGCUGCCCCGAGAAACAUGACUCCAACCAGGUCUGAAGCAAAGAAGUCAGAUCUAACGGAGAAGUCAUCCGCCGUCAGAGAUAUCUCAAGGAGCAAAACACCAAGCCGGUCCACUGCAAAAAAUGGAGCAACUGAGAAACCAGCACCAGUGGGGAAAGAUGCUUCAAGAAGCACUUCCGGCAGACCUGCCAAGAUUGUUGCUUCGAGUGAGCCACCGUCUCGGGGCGGGACUUCCAGAAGUGCAACGCCCAGACUGAAAUUUACACCUGCUGAGAGAAAGGUGGAGUCGCCCAACAAGCGCAGGACACCUUCGCCCGACCCAAAGAAGGGCCGGAUAGACUCUGCCGCGCAGGCCUGGAAAACUUUGGCGAAAGCAGCCACUGUGAAGCCGAUUCAGGCUACCAGCGCGCGGAAGUUCCAGCAGGAGAAGCUACGACGAGCCAAGAGUCCAACCCCCAAACAGAGGAGCGUCUCUCCGGUUGGGACUCCCAAGCGAAGUACGAGCCCGAAAUCGCCAGCGAAGGUUUCGCCUCGUGGUGCUUCACCUGCAAAAAAACGUGGGAUGACGAUGAAGGUUGCUUUGACGUCCGGUACCCCUCAGAUCUUUGAUCGCCUGCACAAGGAUCAUGCCCACCGAAUGUGGGUGCUUGAGGAGCGACAGGUUUUGGCGCAGGAAACCGAGCAACGCGUGGCCAAGGCGCUACAAGGGCGAACAGUCACCGUGGGUUCUGCCGCCGAAGUGCGCGCCGCUGGUCAUCGGCUCUACGACGAAGCCCUCCGGAGCCGGGAACGGCUGGAGGCCAAGCGACGGCAGCAGCGAGACGCCGAAGCGUUGGAAGAUUUGCAAAGAGAAACUUGGUGCGGAAUGGACAAGAAAAAGCGGUUGUUCUAG